AUGGCGUUUUUCGGUGACUUUGAAGCCCAGGGUCGGCACAGCUUCUUUCCGUUCAUGAAAGUCGCCGCCACACCUGCUGCCAUCAGCAAAAACAUACCAUUGUCCGUUACCGGAGUUCCAGCAGAACCUCGACCUCGCCUAUCGAACGAGCUGUCAUGUGACCAGAAAUACAUUAGCGAAAAAACACCAAAGGCGAAGACCAACGGCUUCUUCCAUAUCUACAGUGGCUUACUGUUCAAUCCGGUGAUUAAGGUUGGGGUAAUAGUGCUUUAUCUGCUGUACAUAUCCACAUGUAUCUUCGGUUGCUAUGUGAUCAAGGAGGGUCUACGCCCCAGCGACUUGGUACCACGGUCGCAUUCGCUGAUCAGAUUCUUCCACCUGUUUGAACGCUUCAAGGCCAUCGGUCAGCAAGUGCACAUCGUGGUCAGCAGGCCACCAGAUUUUUCGAACAAUCACGAACGCACAAGGAUGUUCGCCAUGGUAGCAGAAUUGGAAAGCGGUUAUCACAGUAUGGGCAAGAAUUCGACCAUCAUUUUUACCAACGAAUUUCUCAAUUAUUUGAAUAGCCUUGGAGCACGGAUAGACAACUCGAAGAAGAUGUGGACAGAGGACCUACACGACUGGAUGCGUUUCACCAGUGGCAGACAAGGAUGGAUGACAGACACUGUGUGGGGGGACCCAGUGAAUGGCGAGGAUCCCUUCGAACUGAAAGCGUUCCGUUUUCAGAUAGGCGUCACCAACUUUGACUCCUCCCUGGACCAGAUGAAGGCAGCGAAAUUCUUCCGGCGAGUGGCCAGCAGUUAUCCAGAGUUCAACGUCACCACCUACCACGAGUUCUGGCCGUAUAUCGACCAAUACCUGUCCGUUAAACCUACAACGUGGCGCAAUCUCGCCCUGUCCUUCGUCACCAUGAUUGUCAUCGCUAUAGUGCUGAUACCAAACAUCUACUGUGGCAUGUUCAUUACGCUGUCCAUGUUGUCCAUCAAUCUCGGAGUAUACGGCUUCAUGGCGCUGUGGGACGUUCGGCUGGACGCCAUAUCCAUGAUCACGCUGAUCAUGAGUAUCGGCUUCGCUGUCGACCUGUCGGCCCAUAUCUCGUACGGAUACGUAAUCGCUGAAGGAACCCCUCCAGAAAGAGCUUCAGUGUCACUGGAACUACUCGGCUACCCGGUGUUCCUCAGCGGCGUAGCAACUCUGUUCGGCGUCUGUGCCCUCAGCUACAUCGACGUCCACAUGGUGGUCACGUUCUUCAAGACCGUGUUCCUGGUCAUCCUGUUGGGACUUCUGCACAGUCACAUGUUUCUGCCCAUCGCACUGACUAUUCUGUUGCCGAAAAACUCUCAUUACACAAACAUUUUUCAAUCUGUUAGCAAUAAAUUCAAGAAGUACUUCGGACCGCCGGAAAAGAAAAUAACUCCAAUCAGACUCUGA